GUUUUCGUGGUAACGGUAGAAGAAGACUGACUUCCAGGAAGUUCAAGCCGAUUGAACGGUUUUGCAGUGCAGUUUCUGUGUGUUUAUUAUGAGAUAUUAAGAACAUGAAGUUACUAGUCUUUUUAUCAGUGUGGUAACCCGUUGAUUUUUAAGUGGAUCUCGCUUAAGGAAAUGCCUUUGUUUAUUCAAAAUAGAGAACUUGGGCGCAUAAACUCGACAGCGGAACUGUUCGACAAAUGUCCAUAUUUACAGGAAAAUGGAAGAGCAUUUCGCUCCAAGCCACUUGUUGAUGUCGACCCAAAGUGCCUCCUGUAUGUCCAGCAAAGAGAAUUUGCUGCAACAACACCAGCAGACGACUGUGUUUCAGUAAUUGGAUCUGAUGAUGCCACCACCUGCCAUUUGGUCGUGCUCCGACACACUGGAAGUGGAGCUGUUUGCCUUGCUCACUGUGAUGGUUCCAGCACCUGGUCUGAAGUCCCGCUCCUAGUGAAAGCUGUCACGUCACUGAGUAGCGUCAGUAAGGAGGGCAGACUUGAGCUCCAUCUUGUUGGGGGAUUUAACGAUGAGUCAAAAACAUCCCAUAAACUCAGCCUAAACCUUCUGGCAGCGUUCCAUAAACAGAAAGAAGAUAUUCACCUGGAAACAUGUUGCAUCACAGAAAUUAAUGACACUGUUGUUGAGGGGAAUCACAGGCCUGUAGUGUAUGGGAUAGGUGUAAAUGUUAAAACAGGGGACAUGUUCCCUUCAUCAUUUACAUAUAAAGGACCAGCAGAGGAGCUGCGAUCUGCAAGGACCUUCACUGGGGGCCAGAUGGCUGAUAUAUAUGACUCAAGCCGUGGACUGGUUAAAAUCGGCCCUUGCAAGUGGUCUCCCAAUCUGGAUAUUGCCUUCUGGUUGUCACAAGAUGAUGACACAAUUUUAAAGUACCUGUCCACCUCUCCGAUGGCUGAACCACCUCAUUUUGUCCAGCACAUGAAGUCCACCAUCCAGUUUCUUUUACAGCACCCUAACUCUGAUAGCCUGUUCCCUGGGGGUCAGCCACAGCUCUACCACAGGGCUGAGUCGGGGGACUGGGAGAGGGUUGACAAGUCAUAUAGCUCUACCCCCAUCUCUUCUCAACCUUAACAUGGAGCCUGACUGUAUUUGCCUCUCAGCUCAAUGGAAACACUGUGACCCACCCACCCAAUGUCUGUUUUCUGUUCAUCGUGUCUUAACAUUGGAGGUAACCCCCCAACUGGACCAUGUGUACGCUGAAUGGCUCUCCUGACUCAUCUGGCUGGUCCAGGAGAGGGAGUAGAGAAAGUAAAAAAAAAAAAGUCUGGUCAUGCCUGUAACAGACAAUUUUUCCACUCUUAUGAGGUGGUGUGAAGUCUGUACCUUAAACCAUCUGCUUUGUUGCUGUCAGUCAUGGUUAAUGUCCCACAAUGCUUUACUGUUUUGAUUCUUAAGGGUAGUUGUCGUCUUAUGUCAAGUUAAAAAAACAUACUUGUCGCUCAUUUUAUAUUUUUUUUUAACCUUCAACAAACAGUUUUUUUCCUGCAAUUUGCUAACUUUCAUGCAUUUAUUGUUAAAUAUUACUACUACUAAUAAUACUCCAAUCAAUUUCAGAAUUCAAACUCCAUGUUAUUGCCUUUGUAAUUUUGUCAGUCAGUUAAUGUUGCCAGUUACCAGAACCUUGCCUAUGUCAUACAGAUUCUGAUAACCAUUAAAUUUCUGGCAGGUUUGGAAUCAAUCUACAAAUUGGGCAUGCUUUGGAAAUAUAGUGCACAAUGUGUAGUUGAUGGGAUAACAUUAUGUGUAUGGUCCUUUAAAUGUACAGUCUGACUCACUGUUAAUUGAAAAACUUUUGGCACUUGAACAAUGAAGAGAAUACAAGUUCUUAAGCUCUUCAUUAUUGAAAAGUUUAGAAAAGUGUAUUUUUCUCUACAAAUGCACCUUCGUGAUGAGAGUGGAAUAUGACAUUUCAUCACGUUCUCUACAUACUGCUGUAUACCUGGCUAUGAAUAUGUAUGUUUUACCAAGCUGCAUGUGUAAAUGCGUAUAGAAAUCUUUUGCAAGAGAUGAUCUGGAACCUUGUCAAAUGCAACCAAAUAUGAUUUUACUAGUUGUUUUUUUGUUGUUAAAAAAAAACCCAAAAUCACCAACACAUACUGUACAAGGCCUUUUCAUCAGUUGUGUUAUUCAGAAUGUUGCAAGGCGUUUAAUGCAUGUUUGCAAGGUGUUGCUGUAACAUACUGUACCCGUUAAUAAAUAAAUGUAAAUGGUUAAAUCUA